CACUACCCAGUACAACGAGAUGGUGAUCCCAAAUUUCUUUACAACUAUAUCGAAGUCCUGGCCAUUUUGAAAAAAUUAAAAAAUAAAACGUCCUCUGGACUUGACAACAUUCCUACAAUUAAAGUCAUCCCAAACAACCAAUUUGGUUUUAAAAGAAAGCACGCUUUCACACACGCGAUCGACAAACUCCUUUCAGACAUCAACAACAGUCUACACAAUAACUUGAUAGUUGGCGCUGUGUUUCUUGAUCAAGAAAAAUCGUUCGAUUCCGUAUGGAUUAAUGGACUGAUUUACAUCAUGGUAACAAAAAACUUCCCUAUUGGACUAAUUUUCCUAAUUAUUGAUAUGAUAAUUGGUAACUUCUAUUACACCUGGGACGGGAAAUUAUUAUCGAGCGAUUGCUUCAUCAUUCAAGAAGGACUGCAACAAGAAAGAGUAUUAUCACCAAUCUUCUUCAACAUCUACGACUGCGACACCAACUUAGCAGCUGAACUU